CCCACGUUGUGGCGCCGGAUAUUUCCCGCAAUAGGCGAUCGCCCGGCACGGACGCGUUCACGGUUAGAUUUACGCGAAUCGGUAGUGCGAGAUUACAAGGGUACCGAUCGCCGAGAGAGACGGAAUGGCGAGACGAUCGUGAGGAUGAGCUGAGACGUAGGGGCGGGAAGGAAGGAGAGGAUUGAAGUGAGUCGCCGCUCUCAGGGCAGAGUGAAGUGCGCGAUUCCCCCUCGACUCGAGCGCGAGGCCGCCUCGAUUGUACGCGGGCGCGCCCGGCGAGGAACACGUCUUUCAAGUGUUCUUAUCUCGCAGUGAAUUUCAUCGCGUACGCGUCGUCGCAUCGCACGCGCUUCGGGGGCGCAGGCAGAUAUUCGUCGCGCGUUUCACACACGACGCGUACGUACGCCGGUAACGUAUGUGAGUUACGUGUCGUCCCGGAUUUGUCGUGCCUGGCAUCUUCGUCGAUGCGUCAAAAGUGAUCGGAAAAACCUACUCGCGCGCGCGAUGAUGAUUCAACCGGCGUACGAAAACAGAACGAUCUCGUUCUGCAUCCCAGCAUCUUAACCAGAUCGGUUGACAAUCCCGAGGAGAUUAUCUCGUGAAAAUAAGAAUAAGUGCGAGAGACUCGAUAUUUUCUAACGAGACUGUACUAACGUGAACGCGGUUGAAUAUUUCGCGUGUGCAAUUUUUCGUACGAGUGUAACUUCGCGCGAGUGUUUCCGGCGAUCUUUCUCGCCUGUGACAUUAUUUAUCCGGAAAAGGGCGCGUAUACAUCGACGGCGAGUGAAAAGUGAAGGAAAAGUACGGCGCCUCGGAAGAGAAGGGAGCACCUAAGCUUGGACUACGUUGCGACGUUCCUGACGCCGGGCGGCGGAGUGAUCCACGGCUCGUCGUGGGGGCCCUCAGCUGUUUCCCGCCAAAGAUCGCCAUUACAAAACGCGUUCGGGCGUUGUGUGUGCGCGCCGCGCGGAGCGUGUGGCUGUCCCGUGGACGAAUCUUUUGUGCGCGUUGCCGGCAUCUGCUGACGAAAAGAAGGGGCUGUCGCGAUACACGGCGUGUACCGGAAGUGGCGAGUAACGCGUUUAUACAUAUAUUACACCGCGAACGGAGACGUAUUUGAUAAAACGCGCGUUGUGUUUGUCCCCCUCCCCCGUUCCGGUGGAGUGCGCGGUCGGUCGGUCGGUCGGUCGGUCGGUCGGGCGGGCGAGCGAACGAGCGAACGACGAACGAACGAACGACAAACGAACGAACGAACAGCCGGGCGAGAAAGAAAGGAGCAAAUAAGUGCGCGAGAAAAAGUGAGAGCGAUAACGAAAAGAUAUCGAGAGCAGCGUGACUCGUCGUCUCUUCGCAGCCGCUACGACGGCUGUCGCGAACGUGAAAUUCGCUCGGCGGGACUCUCAGUGCUUCGGACCGACGAGAUAUGUCAGUGUUUGGUGGUGACGAUCGGAUUUUGCUCGAGGAAAUCGUCGAGUCGACUGAACAGCCGGAGGUUGAAUUGUGCGGAAGCGUCGAGACGGUGGACGACGGCUCGGUGACCACGAGUGUGACGGUUGCCGAAGUCGCUGAUACGCAAGAGCAGCAAUCGCAGCAACCGCCGCAAUCAAAGGCUAACGUCGGAAUUGGCCGACGGGUUAAUAAUCAUAGCGCUGCUUUGAGCAACGGCAACGGUAUCAGCAACAUCGGCCGUGUCACGCCGCGCAGCCACAUGGAGCAGGAGAAGCGAAUGCGGCGAGAAAUCGCCAACAGCAACGAGCGACGUCGUAUGCAGAGCAUCAACGCCGGAUUCCAAUCGCUCAGGACGUUGCUGCCGCAUCACGAGGGCGAGAAGCUGUCUAAGGCCGCGAUACUUCAACAGACUGCCGAAUACAUAUACCAAUUAGAGCAAGAGAAGACACAAUUGCUAUCGCAAAAUUGCCAACUGAAACGGUUGGUAAAUCAACACGAAGGUGGCGAUGUACCUAAGAAACGCAAAUCCGACACCCAAGGCGUUGUCGUUAGUCUACCUAUGCACGUCAGCGAGAGCGGCGACGAGGGCUUGGGCAGCAUGUCCCCCGAGCCGUUGUCUGUAAUCACAGUGACCACAGAGGGACAUUCCGUUGCGAACAGCGAGGUGGUGGAGCUCAGACGACAGCUAGAAAGGGAGCGUCACGCGAGAGUGCAUUUAGAGAAACAGAUGAGAGCCAUACAGACUCAGUUGUAUCCAGAGAGAUUCCGGGACAAUCAGCUAAUCGCUUAUCAGCCCCACGAGGUGAUCGAGCAUACGGACAAUGUGAUGGCGCAGGAAACGGAGGACGCGGUGGCCGCGUUGCAAGUAGUCUCAGUUAUGUCUCUGCCGCCGGUGGGUUCCACUCAAACCGUGGAGACUUCAAGUCCGGACCCGAGUUCACCGCCGUUGUCGCCGCAGCCGGCUGACAUGGAGAUAAAGCCGGACGAGAUAAAAGAGGAGGAAUCGUGUCCGGGUAGUCCGAAGAUCGUCACCUUUGCUCAGAAUCAAGUGUUCACGGCGAUGGAGGAGCAGACCACUGCGGAUUCCUUCCCGUCUUCGAAUCGUGUCACAUAUGCCACGUCAUCUUCCGCGGAUUUCAAGAACACCUCGCCUCAGUACAUUACAGCGAGUCCCAGCAGACCCUUCUCGCCGGCCGCUGAGCCUCAACGACUACCCAGCGUUUUGGAGGCUGCGAUAAAGGCUGAGCCCAAAGUCGAGGUGGAGAGGUUGCCUUCUCCGUCGAACUCUUUGGACGACGGCAUUCCGCAAGCAAGGCUGUACAUCGCGAACACAUCCCGGCAGAACCUGGAAACGAUCGUCGAAGCGAUACGUCAUCUGGAGGGCGAUCAUCUGUUUAGCGAUGAGCCCGCGCAGGAUAUGCCGUUGGCAUUGACCAAUAAGCAGCAAACGAUGGUGAAUUCAACGUCGACGAAGUCUACGACGUCCUCCUCUCCUCCAUCUUCCUCUUCUCCCUCGGCGACGUCCGCCACAGUGACGUCCGCGAAGCAACGGAUAUUGCACGCCGAACACUUCCUCCAAUUUCAUACGCAACAGCAGACCCAACAGCGACCCGGCGUGAUCGUGGUAAAGCACUCGUGAUCCAGCAACGCGCUGCGCUCCGUGCACUGAACGAUGUACUCGAAACGACGACGCAUUCGUCCCCAUCGCUCGACAUCACCGCGGUUUGUCAUUCGAAAAUGAGGAAUCCUUUUUGGCCAACUCGAGAGAAAGAUAGCGAGCGUUCGCAGGGACAGGUAGACAGAGCGGCUAUCAUCGCAAUCGCACAUUGCACGCACUCUCUUCCGGCAUAACGGAAAAAAAUACUCUCCGUCCGCCGUUAAUCUCCAAUCGUUACCGGAGAUCUUCAUUCGGACUGUAUACUGCGAGAGACACUUUAUGUAUGUUCCUACUACGUGCUUUGCUUGCCUUCGCUUUAAUAAAGGUUGCUUAAGAUGGAAAAAUGCAUACGAUCGCGAUAGAAUGAAAUUUAGAUAGAAGGAAUAAAGUUUUAAAUCACGGACAUAGCAAAACAGAUAGCGAAGGCAGAGCCAAGCUCGAAGCUUGACGAAAGGAUCCUCAUCGUCGAGUCGUUGAAACGAAACGUCGUUUUCCCAUUUUUUUUUUCUCGUGUAAAUACUAACAAUUCCUUCCGAUCGUGUGUUUCCGACGAUCGCCACGAGAUCGCUUUGAAUCUCGAAGGGUUUCCCGCUCCCUCCCUCCUCCCAAAGAAAGGUUCUCUUCCUUUCGCAAAAAAAUUGCGAGAUGCGAAGCGGACGUUUCUCAUCCUUCGUUUUACUAGGUAGUACGUUCUUAGACUUAAGCGAAAACUACGUCGAUAAUAUUUCUAGGCGGAUAAGUCUGCGUACGCUGUAUAAUACAUAUAUUACACAUAAAUAUAUUAUUUGUAAAGAAUAUAAAGUACAUAUUUACGUUCUUUUUUUAUAUUGUUACGAAAAUGAAAAAAAUACAAGACGACAAUGCGAGGAAUGAGAUAUUGAGAUAUAACGACGCGUAUAUAUGUUUUUUCGAUGCUUAUUACGGGGUUACACAUACCACUAGAUCGGGGCGCGAAACGACUAGGAGAAAGUGGUUUAUCAAACAACAACAACGUUUAAUCAAAAUAUAUCCAUACGCAAUGUUUAAUGUUUGACACACAUGUUAGAGAAACGCUACGGCAGAGCGGAACGGACCUUGAUACGGUCCUCGAUACGCUGUCCCGCGUGUAGGUCUGCGUAACUCCUGUCUACUAUGUUCUCGCGUAUUAUUAAAACAUGUGUCGCGGGUUGAAGAAAAAUUCCGUUUAAUCUGUGCCAAAUAUUCCCAGAGAAUACCCAGAAGUUUUGUUCCUUCAUAGUAGACGUAAUGUACGUAAAGUGACGACGCCGGUCGGUACAUCCGGUAGACCUGAAGCGUAGUGAAUUGACGAUCGCUCGUCUCCUCCAAUUUACUCGUCAAUGCGAUACGAUGACCGGGAACCUUGAUAGUGAUGACUUUUCCCGGCUGGUAUUCCCGUUGCGUCGCAGACCACUCUAUCAGAUUAACAAUCAGCGUUAAUAGACGCUAAUUGUUGCAAGAGCCGAGGAGAAACCGGGACGGCGACAAGCUUUCUAUGCGACGUCUUGAGUGACGUCCUGUGUGAUUCUCUUUGCUGUGAAACUGUUAACCCUGCCGCAUACGAUAUAUUGCAUACGAAUUUUUUCUACGCAACAUAUGGAUUUCUUAUAGCUUGCGAAUACGAGACUAAGAGGCUUGGAAUUUACAAUUUCUCGUGCCUUUCGAGGAGAGGAGCGAUCGGUUUACGGGGAGGGUCGAACGAUCGAUCGACCGGCGUUGAGAAAAGAGCCGUUACGUUUUGUUUUUCUUUUUCUGUUUUUCUUUAAUUCAUUCACACGCGUCUAUUGUGUAUUAUGUGCGUUAACUUUUUCUUUUUGUGUUACUUCUCUCUUUGUGCGUGUACCGUUUCAUCGAGUGUUUGUCGAUUGUGCAAGCGUUAUCGCUCGCGAGUAAUAGACUCAUAGACCAAUUUUUAAUCGAUUACAUUAUAGUACGGAUCCUUUCGCCUGUAAUUUACUAUUAUUACUGCUACUAUUACUACUACUACUAUUACUACUACUUUCUUUUCUACGACGAGGAUAAUUAAUGUACGAGCGCGACGUAAGCUUAAGGAUUUAAUGCAUAGAGGUAUAUAUGCCUACGAGAAGUUAAUUUUAAGUACUCUUUAAAUAUAUAUAAGUAAGUUAAUGGACCUCUUCAAGUGAGGUAAGACGCGGUGGUAAGACGCAGAAUAAGACGCAGUUAAGACCUUUAGUUAAUCUUCUAGCAAUUAGGAUAAACGUAGGAAUUGUUAGCCGAGUACGCAAUUUGAAAUACAUCCAAGUUAUUGUCUAUCUGUACGAUAAAUGUGACGCUAUUCCGUAACUGUAUUGCGUGUAUAUAAUAUCUUUUAGCGGAUAUCAUCGCAUAACACACGAUCACCUAGCUGACGUACCACGAUGCUGAAAUAGGAUAAUAUCGUAAAAUGUGCCCUUCGUACCUUUCGUUCGUCGUUCAAUUUAAAUUUCAUUUUGAUAACGUAUAUUUGCAUAUUUUUUUACAUACCAUUACCGUUUUCAUUGUUUGUUUUUUUUCAAGAGUAUGCAGAUAAAUGUAAAGGUUGUAUUAUUUAUCUGGACUAGAGAAAAGAAUAUGUUUAACGGAACAAUUACUCUCGAAACGUACGAGAGGCGCCCUAUGUAGGAGUUACGAUUCUAUCUUAGGCUUUCGACAUUCGCGAUGAAAGUGUGAUCCCGCGUUUCCGAAGUCGCGGAUCUCGAAAGUAAUGUACAAAGCUCGAUGUCGACGUUCAUGCGAGGACGCACGAGGGCCUAAAACAAAUAGAGAAAUUCACCUUCAUUUCUGUCUUUUCCCACUAUGAAUCGUACGCAAAAGAUUCACGGCAGAUUCAUUAUUUUCGGGAUAAGAAAUUCAUCGUUAAUAGAACAGUCGUCUUCUGCAUUAUCGCGCUAUAUUCCUCGGUAACGAGUAAUCGAAUCUAUGUAAAAGUACCGAGUGUAAUGCGACGAUGUUUAUCACUUAGGUUCGACAUAGGUUGUCGAAUCGAUCGAAAAAAAAUCGCCGGGAAGAUUUUCGAAGAUACGAAAAGAGAAAUAUAAAUCAUUGAGUUUGACACAAAUUGAAUUUUUCCCAUACGCGAGUCCGAUAUACAUGUCUCGUUUUCCCGUAUAUACAUCUGAUUUUAAUAGUUUCGAAAAUCUCGUGCGAAUAUCUUCGGCGCUUCCAUGAUACAUACACAUACACACGUACACACAUACAUACAUCCAUAUAUACACGAAUACAGAUAUAUUCACGUGCGUAACUAUAUACGCAUGUAUAAAGUAUACGAGAAUGCUGUACGCGCGUACGCAUUUAAGGAACCUAUUGGUGAUUCUCGAAUUUUUCGCGAUUUAUUUUUUCUUUCUUCUUUAACUGUUUUGUUUCGCCGCACGUUUUUAUAUUUUAUUCCGCGUGUCGCCCUUGGUAUUAGCGUGUCGCGAUUUGCUUUCGGUGGAUGGCAGAAUAGCGAGAGAGAGAGAGAGAGAGAGGACCGAAUUGCAGAAAAUUCGGAACAUACUGCACAUGUGCCAGCGUGAACAAGAUCGACGAUAUCACAGUGACGGUUUCAUUGCUAUGAAUGUCAUUUCAAAAUUUUUUAUUCCAGAUUAAACUAUUAGUUGAAUCGAACGAAUUCUCAAUUUGUUUUUCGGUUUCAUUCAUAUUGAUAUCACUCUUCGUGAUCGCGAGACAGGCAAUGCUUACGGAAAUAUAAAAGUUUUAAAUUUCGCGGAAGUAAUGCAAAGCUCUAUUCUCUUCUUUAAGUCAUUAAAAAAUCUUAACAUUUUAUGUUUUAUGUAUUUGUUAUAUAUUAUAUUUUAUGUUAUAUAUAUAUAUACUAUGUAUUUUUUAAUUCUAAAAUAUUUUCGGAAUAAUAAUAUAAGUCUAUUACUGAUGAUAAUAAAAAAAAUCACAGUUAUAUAUAUCUAAAGUUUUACAUUAGAUAUUAGAUAUAUUAGAUAUUAGAGAUAUUUUUUUAUAAUGCAGAUUUUGCAUUCACACUAAAAAUCGCACCUAAUGUUAUUAAAUUAUUCACGCUAUCUGUGAUAUAACUGUUUUGCAACUAUUGACAUCUCACUGAUUUAAAUGUGUUUUAUUUGAUAUAUUUCUUUGAUAUUCUGUUAAUCGUUAGCGCUUUAUACGCUCAUUGAAACUAAUAGCGAACUCGGAUGCACAAGUGGGAUGCACAAGUGCGCACUGGUGUAUAUAAAUAUUAUUGUAUAUAAAUUUAUAACGGCAUAAAUAAUAAAAAUAAUAUUAAGAACAAUUAUUUUUAAUAAUUAAUACUAAGAGCAAUUAUUAUUGUUGUUCAAUAUAAAUAAUGAUAAUAACUCUUACUAUAAUACUUUUAUAAUUAUUUUAAUAUUUAAUUACUUAGACUUAUAUUGUAAAUUUGUGAUAAUAUUUAAUGCGCACCAGUGCGCACUAUAGUGUCCAACCGACUUUUCUAUAAGUUUUAUAUCUAUUAAAUAUUGAAUGUGGUAUUUGAUCGCGCAUGAUACGCUCGAUUAUUGUUUAUAACUUAUCAUACAAGAUUUAAUUACAAACGAGCAAUUAUAGCUCUGUUUCAUUUCACGUUGAACUUGCAGAUAUUAUCGAUAUGAAUGAUGUGCAUUGUCUGGCAAUAUGUAUUCCAAAAUGCUGUCGUAACUUCUGAAAUGUUGCGUAACUUUUUCUUUUUGACACAGUGAAGUUGAGCCUCUUAGAAAGAGACAAUUAAUGCUGGUUAAUUGAGAUGUCGUUCGAUUUCUAUACACAUAAUCAGAUUCCUAUACAAUCCCAUGCAUAAUGUCAUACAUGUGGCAUAAUAAUUCUGUCAUGCAAAAUAUGCAUGUUAUUAGUAUUACAUUAAUACCAACCUGAAGAAAAUUUUUUCAUUUGCUGUCUUUUUAACUUUAAUCCACUAUAGUAAUAAAAUUGACGAGAAUGAAAUUUUUUAAAAUAAUUUGCAUUUAAAAUGUCAUUUUUUAUCCAUGUACAUUUCUUUCGAUUUCAUUCAUAAAAUGUACAACUUUUACAGCAAAGCUGAAAAACUUCGUAUCGUGAAACUUUGACGAAAUUUUAAUGUCCCUUUUUUUUUUAAAUCCAUUGUCACACAUAUGCGUCACAGUGUGUGAGAAAUUUUAGAAAUCAUUCACGAAAAUUUGAGAUAUCGUCGACUUGUUUGCGCGAAUUUCAAGGGUGAUGACUCGGAAACGUUGAUAUUCGAGCGGCAGUUCAUCCGUGAGGCAGAAUACAAUGCAACAUACGAGGAAGUCCCACGUAAAACGAGAUUGUAGCUAGCGAUUCAGAUUCAGCCGCUCGAAAAUUAUAUGUUUCUUUAAAAAAAUAAGAGAGAUAGAGAGAGCUGUCACCGUCCCUGCCGCGGUGACACUCGAUCGAAACGAUCUUUUUUAUCGUUGAAUAUAUACAUAUAAAGUAUAAAAAAAAUAUAUAUAUAUAUAUAUAUAUAUAAAUAUAUAUACAUACAAAACACACAAUGGCUCCUAUAACUUCUCUACUGCUUCGUUGAGAGAGAAAGGCAAAAAAAGAGUAACAAUUCGCAGGAUACGGUUUAGCUGCUAAUGAAAGUUGCUGAUAGAGUAACGUAAUCGCAUUGAGAGUAGUAGAGAAUGCGUGCGAAAAGGGUAAAAAGAUGGGGAACAGCCAAUAUUUCCGAGAUUGCGAGCGAGGGUGUGGCUGUGCGAAUCGCGCGUGCGAUCACGAGAACGACGAAGAAAUUUUUACCGUUUAAGAUUAAUCCGAUUUGUACACGUCGUGGCAAAUGGCGACUGAGAGUAGCGCCGAGAUUAAUCAAUCGAUCGCCUCUGAAAGAGGGAAGAUUGCAACUCGUAUUUGUCAUCAAGGGCUAGCGCUUUUGUUCGAAAUGCGUGAGCUCUCCUCUCUCCAGAGACUGGAGAAAACUCAAACAAUACGAAAGAGUUUAAAAGACUUGAGCUAAACAAGAUUUAAAUGGUGUCUUGAGAGAUUGAGAUGUUCCUUGGACUUCUUUGGACAUCUGUAUAAAAAUGUCUUUUAUACGUCUUUGAAUAUUGUUUGCGUUGUCUGAAGAUGAUCACUUGUCGACGUCAUGUCUAUUUACUUUCUAGAACGCGGUGCAUCGAAAUUCGGCGACGUGGAUAUUUCGCGAAAUCGAGUAUUUUUUUAAUUGAGUCAGUAUCCUACUCUCUUUCGCCACAGGCCUGUCGAAACAAAUGUACAUAGCGUAAAAUCCAUGAAACAUUGGAUUGCUGGCGGAAGAAUGUACAACAGGGAGAUAGUAGAUAGGUAGAUAGACCUGGUAGAGAUGGAGAAAGCGAGAGUAAAAGGGAGAACGGGAGAGUGCGAGAGAAUGCUAGACAGAUAUGUAGAUCGUGCGUAUAAAAUAGCGGAAUUUGUAAUAACGAGUAACGUAAGUAGCGACAGAGAUUCCAGAAGUCGUUUUCAGGAACAGAACUGAGUAGCGUGCGCGUCGCGGGCGCGUGUCUUUUUUGCGAAUGAGAGAAAAGAGACGAAAGAUGAGCGUGAGAAUGCGUAGAUGUAAUUUGUAGUGCGCCGAAAAGAUGUUUUCUUUUUUUUUCAAGUUUUGAAAUACAUUUCUUUUUUCUUCUUCUUUUAAAUGACGUUAUAAACUGCACUUUGAAUCAUAUCGGAAUAUCCGUCAUAUCGGAGUAUCCGUCGACUGAAGAAUGACCCGGGUUCACGCGGCGCGUGGUAAACGAAGAGGCAUGCAAUAGUAAUCGUCAAUAUCACAAAAAAAUCGAGAGAGAAGGAAAAGCUAUUGAAUAAUCCAUUUGUAUUUCGAGAUCCCCUUGAUUCAGAUCGAGAAUUACUGCAGGCAUCAAAUAGGAAUCUCAAAAAUCUUUGUGACACUUUUGAAGCAUGGAGAAUAGGCCGGAGGUUCAACCCUGUAAAAAAAAGAAAAGAAAAUGAUUAAAUAAUCAACGUUAGACAUUUAUUCGACAAAUUUCUUCGUACAUAAAAUAUUUCUGUCUUUUGUAACAUUUAUUUACGUACUUCUUAGAUUUCUGCAGUUCCGUUAAACGCUGUUUAAUGUGAACUCUAUGAUGAGAAUAUUUAUUUAGAUACGUAUUUAAUCAUCGCUUCGAAGAACUCAAAUUUAAUCACGAAAACUGAGAAGUAUGUAACUAAUUUUGUCCAGGGAAAGAUAGAAAUCUCUUUUUCAUAAAACUAGUAUCGAAUCAAAAUAUAGUUUUUGUUUUUUUCGCAAUUUAUUAAAUUUUUCAUAAAUUAUUUUAAACUUUGCACUGCAAGUAUUUGUUGUUAAUGAAAUCUUCUGAAAUACGUAACGCAUUUUUCGAUAACUGAUAUUAUCCGAAGAGUGACGAGAAAAUGUACCAAUUAUCAACUACGUACUAAUGAAACGCUUUGCUCGAAAAAAUUCGGAUCAGCGAGAGAAAGGUGCUCCCUUAAUUUUUUUAAAAUGUUAAAGACAAUUCUAGCUCGAAUAAACGUAAGAAAAGCAUAAUGUCGACCAAAUAAAAAUUUAUUAGAGCGCGUCGUAUAACGCAAGACCGAUACGGAAGAUUAAUGUGCCAGCAAUGCGUCGUGUCGUAUGUGAUAACGGAGAUGUGUAAAAAAUUGAAAUAUUUUCUACAAUAUAAUUCAAGAAUUUAAAUAAUCUUUUUUAACUAUUAAUUAACAGUGUACACUGAUACUACUAAUUGAAAAAUUGAUUCUAGCAGUUGAACUGAAAAAAGAAUAUAUGAAACAAGAUGGAAUAAUUAACCAAUGAAAAUAUAAUAUAAAUAAGUUUAUAAUAUCGAUCGUAUCACAAACACGCGACAUAUUGCUUCAAUUUUACAAUUUCCAUGCACCGUCCAGUUGAGUACGAUGAGAACGAAGAGACUUACCCGAAGAUUACGUGGUUCCUUUAGAGACCAUCUUUUUACUCCGAUAAUUGUCAAUUCGAAUUAAAGUGUUCGAUCGUCUUCACCAUUAAGAUUUCAGUCGAGAAAUCUGCCCGUUAAUAUUUCAUGGUUUAUGCAAUACGUAAGAUAACUCGACUAAUUAGGCUCGAAUCGCGAAUCGAGAAUCCAGUGAUUGGUUAUUACAAUCGAAAUCGCGAAAAUUAUAUUCACUGAAAUUUUUCUAAAACUUCAAAAAUAUAUUAUGAAUUAUAAAGAAAUAGAGAGAAUAAUUCAUAUUAUGACGAUAUUAAAACGAUCGGAUAAAGCCAGCUGAAACGAACGAGCAGAGUCAAGAAAUCUUUUCACAUCCAUUACUCGAAGUUACUGUUGUCUACGCAAAUCGAAAAAGAGUUCCAAGGUUGCAAAAGUUUCACAAUUCAAGUGCAACAGUGGUCUAACUUUUUAAGAAUUUGAUAUAAAAAAGUAGUCUGUAAUAUAUUUUUUUUCAAUUCUUUUACCUUUUAUGGUCAAUUUAAAUUUUUAAUUCUCACACAGAUUGCACUUAAUUAUCGAAUAUAAAGAAACGAUAUAGAAAAUAUACUUGUUGAUCACUUUAAGAAGUACACGAGUAAAAACUGAUAGUAAACUAAGUAAAAUGUUGAAAUUACAGAAGAAAAGAUACGUUUCUAAAAUAAAGAGUAUUAAAUGAGUAAUGCAUCGAAUCCUUCAAUUAUUUCACAAGUUUUCUAUAGUCACAUAUCUAUCAAAACGAAUAAAUUCAUCAUUUCAUCUCUGAAAAUGACCACACGAAAUGAAGCUGAACUGCUUUUCUAUUACACGGAAUGAGGUGGCAUCGUUCUCGUUAAAAUAUGCGCUUUUUUCUACGUGUAGACAGCCGAUAGUCCGAUACGACACGAGCAUCCUCGAUUCUAUACAGUAUCGAGUACCUCUUUUUAUGAACUGAAACACAGGAGAAUAACUUCUCGAGACUGAAAUACAAGAGAGCCGUGAUACCGACGAGGGUACCGGUAAGCGCAAUUAAUUAAUCGUAAUAAUAAUAAACAAAAAAAAAGAAAUCGAGACUUUGAACACACGAUUGAGAAAAAGAAGAAUAAACAAAAAGUUCCUCAAGAGUUCAAGAGCCGCGUUUGCCGCGUGCGUUCGCAUUUUCGACGAACGCGAUUUUACACGAUGAAGCGAAUGUCAUCCGCACGUGGUAAACGCUGCCUACACCACAAGAACAGACUGCCAUUGAGUUUUGAGUGUGUACUCGUUUGUAAUAAAUAGUUAUAAUUGACCGAGAGAAAGAGAGAGAGAGAGAGAAAGAGCAAACCGAUAUUUCUGAAAAAGUGAAUGAGAGGAGAAGGGAGACGUAUGUAUGACCGAGUGUGUUGCGUGAAUCAGUGAUGGAUUUACUGACAAUGGUCUCAUUACUCUCCUAAAUCGUUUUACGAAUUCAUAAUUAUUUGCUUCUCGAAAAUAUUUGUAAUUACUAAAUAAAUAAUCGUGAAUUUUGGUAUAUGUAUAAAGAACGAUGUUAUAAUACUCGAAGAGAGGUAAUUUCGAUGAUAAACUAUAGCUUUUAAUUAAAAACUCGAAAUGGAAACGAAUUAAAGAUACAAAAAAAAAGUUAAAGAAAAAGUUAAAGUUAAUGACUGAAAAAGUACACGUCAUGAACGAAAAAUAUGACUUAAUUAUCUCGAAUUUAAUUAUUGCGGCACUUAGUUCCGUUCUCAUUUCGGGUCUUUAAUUAUCGCACGCAAUUUGAAGUUUUAAAUCCGUCACCAACGUAAAUGCCGUUGUAUUAUUUGUGAAAGAGAAACGGGGCGACGCGCGUAUAAUCCUUCCGCGUAAAAGGUCUUCUUGGGCUGUAAAAUUUAGAUCUUUCCGCCGCUGGAGAGAACGAGCUCGCUCCUCGACGUUGGCCGAAGACGACACGCAGCGGUGUAUAAAUUGCCAUAGGAUUAUGCAGAUCGAACGACCCGAUAAAAGGAUUAUUCUAGACCGGAGACGAUGCGAGAUUAUAAGUGUGCGUUAACGAGUUUGGCUGACUGGCAUUUAUUCUAGAAGAUCCUGAGGAAUCAAUAAUACAAAUGAGAAGAGAGGAAAAAUAUAAUUCUCUGUGAUGUAUUUCCAUGAUUUAAUUAUAUGUGUAUGUAAUUAUGAUUAUCUUUACGCGGAUUUACGCGCGCGCGUUUAAUUAGUAUUAUUUGCGAAUAUGUAAAUUUGCAUCGUGCAAGUAUCAAUAUUAAGUAGCGUGUAAGAUGAGACGCGUAUAGCGCGAUCGAAUAUUGCCGAGAGGCUGUCCGUAUCCUAGAUACUAGAAUCGCGCGCGAGAGAUCGUACAAAUCGUAUAAUUUAUUGCGACUACGAACACGAAAUCGUUAAUCGUUUCUGUAUCCGAGGAUCGAAAUGCAGGAAUGAUGUAACGGCGGGAAAAAAAAAACGAAAUGACGUUCCGCAAAACUGCGUAUGUUUUCGCGCGUGAGGAUGUAGCUCACUUUUUAUUCGCAUUAUUUAUUUAGAUGCGAUAGGCGAGUAAUAAUAUUGCGAUUGUCUUGACAAGUAUACUCGGUACAAGUGUGUGAACGUGCAAGAAUUUCAUCUAUAAUAAAUUUUUCCAGAGAACGCAGAUACGCAACGCUCGCUCAUUUAUCAGUAUUUAAUAUCGAUGUAAAAAAUUUAAUUAUCCCAUCGUGCGGAGAAACGCGUGUAAUAUAAUUACACACAUAUAAAUUUUAUUGAAAAAAAGUCUAUGCGCGAAAGGAAAGAAAAUUAGAGUAACAAAGAAUAAUUAGUGAAGAUAUAUAUAUUUUAAAUAGUUUUUAAUUAUCUUAUAUUUCUGCUUUAUCCUCUUAUGCUUGUCUUUAAGAAUCAAAAGCACGAGUACCCCAAGGAAUAAACAAUCUUGUGUCGAUCAUCGGUCAAUAUUUUAGCUAUCUAGAAAUAAUAAUGCGGAAUUAAAGAGGAUUAUAAACGGAGAUAUCAAAAAGCCUGGAAUGUCAUGACGCUAGGAACAAUCGGAAAAGCGAUAGAAAGACUAGAUAGUCAUUACAGAGUGCCGAGAGAGGAAAGAUAAAAUGAGAAAGAGAGUGCGUUGAUUUUGCGAGUGAGAGUGUGAGAAAGAUUUUUGUCGAUUAAGCUCCAUAAAAUAAUAAGAACGCCGAUUGCAUCGCGGCGACUCGAGCGAAUCCCGGAAAAUGCUCGUUAAUAUUUGUGCCGAUGACGGGGACGAUCCGCAUAAUUCGUUCGGGUCGGCGGAUAGCGUUAAGAACUAUGAUUACUGUCGUACGAGAAAUAGAAGGGAGAUAUCGGAAGCGGCUGGAAAAAGCGGAGAUUUCGUGCUAAGGCGACUAAAGGCGUUCGAGAGCUCGAACCGGGAACUCGAAACGGAGGAAAUCGUUAAUAUUAUACAGGGCGUCCCAUAAACCAAGGCAUACUCCUUGGAAUUGAUAUUUUCUCAAAUGUGAUUUGAAAAGCUUAUAAAUUAUUAGCGAUUGAAAAUGAAAAGCUUUCCGCAAAAUAAAUUUCGGAAGAUAAAUAAACAACAAAAAAUAUAUUAAAUUGAUUUAAUAUAUCAAUUUUUAAUUCGAUAUAUCAUUAAAGACUAGAAAAUUAUAGGAAAGUAUAAAAAUGAUAAGCUCUUAUGAUAUUGUGGCCAAACAAAAAUUCUAUGGAAUUGAAAUUGGCCGAAGAAGCUGUGAUUAAAAGGAUACCCGAUGGUUCGGCGACACCCUGUAUCGUAAGACUUCUUAUGAGAAAACUCGCGCGAUAUUUAUUCGACACUUAUCUGCAAUUUCUAUCAAUCGGUAUCUUGCCACGCAUAAUUAUUCUGAAAGGGAAAUGAAAACAAAGACGUUUACUGUGCGCAAAAACGUGCCGAUUACUUUGACUCGAAAUCAUGUUUGAGAGAUUAGAGCAGGAACACGACUUUGUUACUUUUGCAGACCAUCAAAGAAUCUCGUAUGUCUGUCUGUGAACCGCUUAUUAUACAAAUGUGCCGCAAUAUAAUAUAUAUAUACAAUAAAAAUAAUAGUAAUUAUAAUUAAAAAACUAUCUAUUCGGCAAUCAUUUGAGAAAUCAUUAUAAAAAGAAAUCAUUAAUUAUCCCAAUAACUGAAAGAUAGGGUGUCGCGUUUGUACCCUUUGAUUAAUCAUAAGCAAAAACCGAUUCUAAAUUGAAAUUAGAAAAUCGGCAAAUGUGCAGUUUUGGAUCCUCCAGAAAAUGAGAUGUUGCGGCGCAUUAAUAGCAUUGUUGAUAGCGAGAUUACUUUAGUCGGGCAAAAGAGAGCGAGUGAGUGAACACAAGAGAGAGAGAGAGAGAGAGAAAGAAAGAGAGAAAGAAAAUGGGAGAAUGUGAAAAUGCGUUAGAUAGAGAUAUGUAAAAGAGCGAAGUGUCUUAGAACUAAUGGAAUUCCUCUGCGCGAAUGCACGGAACGCGCUAACACAAGCAGCCACCUCCGAACGAGAAGUCUUCAAUACCAUUUGCAUAUUGCUUUUUAUUGUUACACGAACAUUAUAACAAUACAUUACAUAAAGAAGGAAUAUUACAGCGGUACGUAUAUACGAUUAAAAAAAGAUGAGUUCCACGACGCGGCGGCAACGAUCGCACGGACAAGUUUUCAAUGUAGUUUGCGAUGAUUUCGGUGUUUUUUUGCUCGAAAUUUUCAGAGCAUGUCAUUCUUAAGAUCGUACACUACACGACAGUCGAUGACAAUCUCGACAAUGUAUUUUAUUAUCAUAGCGAAGCUAAUACAUCGCUCAUUUCUCGUUCUUGAUACUGGAUAUAUUCGCUAAAUCACUGGAAAUUAUCCACAAUUGAUUUGCAGAUAAUUGUGUUAUAUAAUUAUGAAAGGACUUUUCCGCGCGAUCAGAACAUCUCUGACGUCCUGGAACACAUACAAUACUUUAGAUACUACGCGUUACGUUUUUGUAUUUACGAAGAAAAAAAAUCUACGAGAUAGGAAACGGACUUGCUUUUCUCUCUUUUCUACUAUUUUGUAUAUUAGCAAAUAAUCGUUAAUUAGAGAAGUUAUUAUGACUAGUGUUUCGUUAUUUUAAUCAACAAGAUUUUAUUAAGUGGAAUACACAACGAGGGCAAGAAAUUACUUGCCGUCGUUAUUGCAACGAUGCGGCCUGAUUUGUGCGUUUCUGUUGUUAUUUUUAUUUAUGUAAAUGUUUUAAUUCGCAUAUGUAUUCGUCAACGAAAGUGGGAGAUCGACGUUUAUGACCAAUACUUCUUCUUCCUCAUUUUAAUUUAUUAAGAGAACUUUAGUUAGUAAUAUGUUGGACAAAUAAUAUUUUUAUAACUUGAGACGAAUGUCUGCCAGCAUUUAUUCGAUUCAUUACAGACAUGCAAAACUACAUUGAUUCAAAGUUUAAUAAACGUGAUCUCCCGCGGACAACGAGAUUCUCCUUCUUAAAAUUUAUGAAUCAAGCGGCAUCGUUUCUAAAUAUCAUUAUCGUUAUACGAUAAAGUAUAAUAAACCUCGCAAAUCUGUCGACGUUGGAAAGCAAUCGACUGGUUCCUUGGAAAUGAGAGAGCCAAGAGAUUGCGCCAAGAGAAGUACAAAUUAUUAAAAAAAAAGAAAAGAGUAAAAGAUGAUAACUGCGAAAAAAUCAAUCAUUCGAAGAUGAGAUAAUGCGACCAAUAAUGAAAGAGGUGUAAUAAUUGAUUUUAGUUUCAUCGCUUUUCAUUCAUUAUCUUUGAUUAUAUUAUUGCUUGUAACAUUAAUUCAAAAACCUUGAAUACAAAAAAAAAAAAUAAA